CUACAGAGAUAGAGGAAGAGCCUCAGAGGGUGCAGUUCAUGUUAGCCUCACUGUUAGCAGGCAUCGUUGACAAGUGGUUCCUUCUUGGUGAUUGUAAAACUAAUACCUGUUUACUAAACUAGAGUUGUUAUCGAGGCUCUUCGACGACCGCUUCGCCAAGAUGAGCUUCUUGUUUGGCAAUCGCUCAUCCAAGACUUUCAAGCCGAAGAAGAACAUCCCAGAGGGCUCCCACCAGUACGAGCUGCUGAAACAUGCCGAGGCCACGCUGGGCAGUGGGAACCUGAGGCAGGCCGUCAUGCUGCCUGAGGGAGAGGAUCUCAAUGAGUGGAUCGCUGUCAACACGGUGGAUUUCUUCAACCAGAUCAACAUGCUGUACGGCACCAUCACUGAGUUCUGCACAGAGACCAGCUGCUCCGUGAUGUCUGCUGGACCGAGGUAUGAGUAUCACUGGGCUGAUGGCACCAAUAUUAAGAAGCCCAUCAAAUGCUCCGCCCCCAAAUACAUCGACUACCUGAUGACCUGGGUGCAGGAUCAACUGGAUGAUGAGACUCUUUUUCCUUCCAAGAUCGGAGUUCCCUUCCCCAAGAACUUCAUGUCCGUGGCCAAAACCAUCCUGAAGCGUCUGUUCAGGGUUUACGCUCACAUCUACCACCAACAUUUUGACUCCGUGAUGCAGCUGCAGGAGGAGGCCCACCUCAACACCUCUUUCAAGCACUUCAUUUUUUUCGUUCAGGAGUUCAACCUCAUCGACAGACGAGAGCUCGCUCCACUGCAGGACUUGAUUGAGAAGCUUGGAUCCAAGGACAGAUAGACAUUUCAUCCAUUUUUAAAACCAUUUAUUUUUCCUCCUUUGUCCCUUUCUGUGACUUCUGCUACCUUUUAUGACUUCUAGUCUCAACUCUUGAAAUCUGUGCCUUCUUCCUUCAUGAACAUUUGUACUGUACUUCUCCUUUUAUUCCCUCUGUUGUCUAUAACGCUGUCUUUGAGCCCUUUUCUCCCAUUUGGCCGCUCUUGAUAGUGUAGUGCAGAAAGAUUUUUUUUUAACAGGCUCCGUUAGAGCAACCUACUGAAUUCUUUAUUGGACCAAGGACAUUUGGAAGAUAAAGUGAAAACCAGCUUCUUCAGAAGAGGGUUAACAGUGUUUUAAUUGUCUAAACACUUUCUAGUUAUUGAUAGGCCAUUUUCUUUUUUUGGUAACUUGUAGCUAUAGUUAUUACAGAGACUGACCAAAUAUCCCAGUAUGUUUUAGAUGUCUAUCAUUAGAGUGACUGUGGAGAGUAAACAUGGCAAGAAAAGCAGUGACAUGAAACAGGUCUCUGAGGAACACACAGCCUGACAAUUAUGUAUCAGGUGUUCUCAGUCUACUAUGAAGACGGGCACAAAAAGCACCAAAAUAUAUGAUGUAGCUCGAGGCGGUUGUCUAUUUCAUAUCCCAAAAAUGCUAAUAUUAUUUCCUUUUGACAAAGUUACAUGUGAAGAGAUCGCAGAUAGCGCUUGAAAAAAACACCAUCAAACUGCAUUAUAGCCAUUUCAAUUUGGAAUCACAAUGUUGGGUUUUUGCACAUUUUUUGGCAGUUUUCUUAAUGAAAGGACCUAAUGCUAGAUAUGGUGCUAAAGCCAUGUAUGGCUUUUGGAAACAUGAUCCCAUAAAGUGAGUGAAAAUCAUCCUGUGGAGCAAAGAUAGUCUAAUAUUUUUUGUUUGUUUUAAGUGGUGCCGAAAAUGUGUAGAACUCUGCAUAUUUGAUUGUUCAAUGGUGGUACUAUUGGUUUCACUAAAUAAUUCCCCCCUAGAUUGUAAAAUAAAGCAAUAAUCAUGUGACCUGUGCAUGAUCAUGAAGUGACUUAAGUUAUAUGUAGUUUUUCCACAGAUGUCUUUCUCAGUCUUUGUGCAUGUGUCAUUGUCUCUUAACUGUGGCUACAACAGCAGGGCUGUUUGAUAUGCCAUCAUUUCACAAACAAAUGCAGAGAGUAUUCCUAUAAAUUGUUUGGCAAACUUUGAGCAAGGAAAUGUAUCCAUAACAUCCUUCCUGUUUGGACAUCAAUUCAUUUCAGACAAUCAUUUAACCAAUUAAAUGCUGUUUUAUAACUUGAUGCAUCAGCAGGAACCAUUCAUUUGUUUAUUUUAUACUGGUUUACUUUUCAAGAUGUUGAAAGCCUUUCAACAAUGUGAAAAUAUGUUUAGGUCCUCUAGCUGCUUGGUAAAAAAGAUCCAGCCAGCAACCAUUUAAUUCAUCAUGUGUAAGCAUAUCAAUAUAUUUUUACCAGGCCAAGUUAUUUCUGAGAUCAUAUUUGGAUAUAUAACUAGUCCUUUCUUUCAAUGUAGCCACAUAUUUUUGAAAUGUUUUGCUUUUUCUCACUAUUUAGUUUUGAAACCGAUGGCAUGGAGUUACAUUUCAUAUUAAACUGUAAAAUAAAUAGUUGAUUUUACAUUUUUGAAUAAAGAACAAGGGCUUGAAAGUUUUAUAUAUUUACAAAAUGGUCCAAUUAUUGGGGGUCCUUUUGACUGGCAGGAGUUGUAGGAUGUGUGCGUCCGAACAUUGGCUGUAAAUAAAAUCAGUGUUUUUUUUUUAACAAAACUGUGCCUUUAUAAAAAUGUAAAUGUCUGAUUUGACACAGUAUUGGAAGAUGAAAAGCUUAAUAAACACUGUAAGGACAA